GCAUUUUCUCAUGCGGAAAUUGCUGCGUCAACAAAUGCGACGCAGCUCUAGCUGGAUUUGGCUGCUGAAUAAAGAACAGUUUCUGUCCAGUUCAUUAAAGUGCUUUCUCUCCCUCAACAGCAUCAGUAUCAGUUGGAUAAUCAGCAAACUAUGAGGUCUCUAAAUGUUUUAGUAUCUGUCUUGGGGCUUUUUGUUUGCUCUGUUUCAGCCUUUGUUGACACUUCUCCAUUUCUAUUGAAACUAUCUAAUUUUGAUGAGGCUAAGAACGAUGAGAUUGUCUCCAGUUUACCACAAUAUAUCGAAUAUUCUGCUUUAGAAAGCCAAUUGAACUCGAUAUUAAAUGAGGAAGCAAUUUGCAAUUACUUAUUGAAUUCUGAUUCAAAAUUAAUAAUUGCCAAGUUUCCUAAUCUAAAGAUUUCAGACAUCAACUCUCAAAGCUUUCCAUUUUUAAACAGGUUUUUUAAAGCUAGAAGUUUGGGAGAUUACAGUAAAAAUAGUUUGGUUUUAAUUUCAAACUACGUUCGUUAUACUAAAAACGAUGUUGUUGAUUUGAAUUACAAAUACAUGGGCUGCAAAUGUGCCAGUCACUUAUUUUCCAAUGAGGUGAAUAGUGUUGAAAAGGUUGCUCAUGAUUCAUUGGUUUAUGUGAUUGAAAUGGAUUCAAUUAGCGACGAGCCAGUUGAAAAAUUAUCUAAGUUGCUUAAUGUUGAUAAUUUGGGUAUUAUUGUUCAAGGUGUUCCGGAUUUAUCAGGUCAAAAAAGAGGCUGGGAUGAUGAAGUAUAUCAAGAAGAUUCCGAAUUAUUAUCUGAAGAAAUUGAAGAGUAUUUGGGUAGUGAUGAGAACAAUGAUAAACCAAAACAGACUUCCAGUUCUAUCAAUUCCACUAAACUUCUUCACAAUGACAUUUAUAAUAUGGCUAUGGCUUCAGGAAACAAUUCUACAAUUAACAAUGGAAAUUUAUUUCAAAAAUACCAAUUUUUUUCAACUGGUAUUUUCAUGGGUCUUAUUGUCGGUUUCUUAAUUUUAUUAGUUUUAUUGCAAGCUUUAUCCUGGAUUUCAAGCAUAGAAGUUAGUUAUAAAGCUCUUGAUAAACCAGUGGUAACACCUGGAAAGAAGACUGAUUAAUUAAGUAUUUUAAGAAACUGUUGCUACUUCUCAGAUUAAAAUCUAUUCGUAUAUUUAAUAUUUAAUAUAUUCUUUUAAAAAAAAGAAUGUUUUUUUUUCUCAAAAAUUAUUUUAAUUUUACUUGAAAUUUAAAAUAAAUAGUAAAUCACAUUAAUAUUAUAUAACAAAGUUUUUUUUUUAAA